GUCUCAGUGACUAAACACAUGUUCUGUUGUUUGUUGUCUCAGCCGGAACCCUCUGUAUCAUAAGUCCUGAACUCAUGAACAAGAUGAAAGAAGUCCGACGUGCAGGAAGAGACUUGGGGAUUCCUCACAUGUCCAUUCUUACUAAGACUGAUGAGGACUGCCCUGAGGUCCAGUCUAACAUAAGGAAUGUCUACAGAAGCAAGUUUGUGAAAAAUCAGAUGGAAAAGCUUGGUGCAUCCCUGGGUAUUCCGCUAAACUGCAUCUUCCAUGUGAAGAACUACCACAAGGAGAUCUGUAAAGAAGAAGAUAUCGAAAAACUCAUUCUGAUGGCCCUGAAGCAAAUGAUUGAUUUUGGGGAAGAUUUUGUAAAUAACUGUACUUGAGCAUAAGUAUUGAGGUUUCCAGUUAGUAGAUUUAAUCAAAUUCUUCUUUUUGC